UAUUUAAGCAACUAUUGAAACUGCACUGAUAAGUGAACGCAUCUCCCAUUGUGAAACAAACGAGGCAUGCCUCCCUUAACGUUUCCGUGCUAUGUAAAUUUCUUGUGUUUUGGACGUCUCUAACGUAAAUAGAUAACGUUUGGGUAACCUUAACUCAAACCUAAUAACUUUACCAGAAUGCAGUCUUGUCGCCUGACAUUUCCAGUGAGUAUCUGAUGGUUAGUUUGGACAUCAUCAGUGACUUUGAAUACAUGACGUUAACAUAAUGUACAGUGGCAACACUGUUGACGUAAACGUAUGUUAACGUUAACCCUCCAGGGACAUGAUGUUUACAUUAUGUUACUUUUUAAACUUAAAUUGUAACUGUGUGCCUGAUUUUCUCGUAAUAUUUACAUUCUUACAAGCUAGCCGUUCCAUAGACAGUAAAAUAAAGGAAAAUACUGGAGUCCAGGGGGUGAACUGUAACUUAACAUUCGAGUGCAUGGGACUCCCUUGGACUAGGUUAGCAGAAUUUAAAAUGGUCCAAGUGAAUCAUUUACCCAUCAAGACACUUCCAGGGAAGGGACACCUCUACAAGUACAGUCAGUGCAUUCAGUGGAGGUGAUAAAGUCCGAAAAAAUCUAAUUAUUGCGAUGAAGUCUAUCGGAAGUUAGCAAGAUCUGCUAACAACAUUAUUAAAGCAGCCUCAACCUGUAUGAAGCUACGUCAGUACAUUUCCUGUGUAUACAGUCGAGGUGAAUAAAACGUAAAUAAAAGGAUUUUCCAUGUGUUGAAAUGAAUACAUACUUUAUUCUCUGUAUUCUCCUCAACCUCCCUUAAGUUAAUGAGUACUCAUUGAAGAAUAUUAGGUUGUUGAGUACAGACUGUUACAUUUCCUGUGUGUGUGUGUUUCACUUAGUACAUUUGCAGGGGUGCAGGGAUGGAGCUGGCCCAUCAUGGUCUGGUUCUCCUACAAAGGCUGAAUGCUCAGAGGGAGUUUGGCUUCCUGUGUGACUGCACCAUCGUCGUUGGAGAUGUUUUCUUCAAAGCUCACAAAGCUGUCCUGGCUGCCUUCUCUAACUACUUCAGGAUGCUUUUCAUUCAUCAGGACAGUGAGUGUGUACGUCUGAAGCCGGCAGACAUCCACCCAGAGAUCUUCAGCUACCUCCUGAACCUGAUGUACACAGGGAAGCUGACCCCACAGCUUAUCGACCCAAUGCGACUGGAGCAGGGUGUCAAGUUUCUGCAUGCUUACCCUCUUCUGCAGGAAGCCAGCCUGGACCUGCAGCCCAGCGUGCAGUCUGCUAUGCUAACCAACUCCCUGUACGGCAUCCAGAUCUCAGAACAGCUCUCCAGUACCUCCUCGCCCCGCAAGCGAAAGCACCCCUCCUUCCUGUCCCCUGAAAAUUCAGCCUGUGUUCCCAAACAGGAGCUUGGAGGUGUGGAGAUGGCUGUUUGCGAGUCGCCCCAAGUGUCAGCGGAGAGGAAGGUGUCCUAUAGUCCCACCGCCCCCUCUGCAUGCCCCCCACUACCAUACGUGCAGGUGGGCCUGGCUCAGCGCAGCGCCUCCCGCAGGAAGCACUACACGUGCAGGCUCUGCAGCAGCCUGUUCACCCAGCGCAGUCAGUUGAGGGAGCACAUGGUCCUUCACCUGCAACAGGGCUCCCAGCAGGGGGAGCAUGCGAGCUCACAGCCCCAGGAGCAGGAGCCGGUUGGAAAUAGAAGUGGAGACAUGACGCCUGACAGCUCUCUCGCUGAGCCCGAAGCGGAGGAAGAGACGGCGCGCGCUGACAGCGAUGUUGUCAACAGUGACGGGGAGUUGCCGGCCCUGGUGGUUCAGCAGGGUGGAGACUCUACACCCCCACCCUCGGACAUCGCCGAUAUCGACCGCCUCGAGGAAGGGUCUGCGGUGGACGCGGGUGGGGAUGCCAAACGCCGGCGGUUCCAGUGCCCGACCUGCGGUCGCAAGUUCCUGCAGCGGAGCCACUGGCGCGAGCACAUGUACACCCACACGGGAAAGCCUUACCGCUGCAGCGCGUGCCACAAGUCUUUCUGCCGUGCCAGUCAGGCGGCGCGCCACACCUGUCGCCUGCUCUCCCAGGACGCUUACACCAUGGUGGACCCCCAGUGCCUGCUGUUGUGUGACGGGGUAGACGGCAGCCAGACAGAGGCCCUCUUCUUGCCCUCUAGCCGGCCAUAUAAGUGCCACUCCUGUGCCACCCCCUUCAGUAGCCCGGCUGAGGUCUUCAAACAUCACUGCAGUCAGGCAGUGGCUGCGCAGGGUUUUGUACGCCCACAAGAUGCAACCCAGAGCAAUGGUUCAAGAGAUACAAGUCCAGUACGUCCUGAUGGUAAUGAAAGCUGAAAGCCUUGGGUCGAAAAUCUUUUUUUCUUGUGCCACAACAUUUACAGGUUUUCAUGUAAAUUGAUUUUAUGUUCUCUUUAUUCAACAUAAUAUUUAAUUUUUGUAUUUACAUCUUUAUAU